UUCGAUCGUCAGCAAGGGAAUGUCGAAUUGUAUGAGCAGAUUCACAAGGAGUUUAGUGAAUUGGUCGAUACACUUGUAGAGUGCUUUUGUGCCGACACAAAUAUUCCAUUGGAAAAUCUUCGCGAAGCUCUAAAAACCGCUGAAGCCGAUAAACUCACUGUCAGGCAGAGGACAAGUCUGGAGCCCUUAGCUGCUGCCAAGGAUUUCAAUGUUUUCGUACCGAUGAUGAUGAGGAAAAAUGUAGAAUUGCAGCUGCAGGCCCUUCAAAUGAUCGAGUUUAUGUGUGGUUUACUCCCGUCGGUACUGCAAAUCGAGGAUGGCGAAACAUUGAAAAAUAAGGCUAGAGUGGUUACCCCUGAAGAAACCGAACGAUACGUUCUUAUUGCAGUAAUGAGGCAAAGCAAGGAAGAGUUUGAUAGCCUUUCUAAAAGUGAGAUGAAAGAAUUGGAAGAUGUACUACGAAGCAGUGAAGAGGAAAGAAGACGGCUAGAAAUGGAACGUGGGAAAGGAAGAAGAACUGUUCAGUCGUGCUUUAGCUGUGACAAA